AAACAAAUGUGUGUGCUUUCUUCUGCAGCCUCCGGAGAGACCACAACAGUAAUGGAGUACAUGAGCACUGGAAGUGACAACAAGGAAGAAAUUGACUUGUUAAUUAAACACCUGAACAUGUCGGAUGUCAUAGACAUUAUGGAAAACCUCUAUGCAAGUGAAGAGCCAGCGGUGUACGACCCCAGCCUGAUGACUAUGUGUCAAGAGGGUAACCAGAACGAGGAGCGCGCAGAAUCGCUGCUGCUCGGGGGCUCCGAGGUGCCCUGCUUGUCAUCCGUGCGAUAUGGCACGGUGGAGGAUUUGCUUGCUUUUGCAAACCAUAUAUCCAAUACUGCCAAGCAUUUUUAUGGACACCGACCACAAGAAUCUGGAAUUUUAUUAAAUAUGGUCAUCACUCCCCAGAAUGGACGGUAUCAAAUCGAUUCUGAUGUGCUUCUGAUUCCUUGGAAGCUGACUUACAGGAACAUCGGCUCUGAUUUUAUUCCUCGAGGGGCCUUUGGGAAAGUAUACUUAGCUCAAGAUAUAAAGACUAAGAAGAGAAUGGCCUGUAAACUGAUCCCAGUGGAUCAGUUUAAGCCCUCCGACGUUGAGAUCCAGGCUUGCUUCCGGCAUGAAAACAUCGCUGAGCUGUAUGGGGCUGUCCUGUGGGGUGACACUGUCCACCUCUUUAUGGAGGCAGGCGAGGGAGGGUCUGUACUGGAGAAGCUGGAGAGCUGUGGACCCAUGAGAGAAUUUGAAAUUAUUUGGGUGACAAAGCAUGUUCUCAAGGGACUUGAUUUUCUCCACUCGAAGAAAGUAAUUCAUCAUGAUAUCAAACCGAGCAACAUUGUUUUUAUGUCCACAAAAGCUGUUCUGGUGGAUUUUGGCCUAAGUGUACAAAUGACUGAGGAUAUCUAUCUUCCAAAGGAUCUCCGAGGAACAGAGAUUUACAUGAGCCCAGAGGUGAUUCUGUGCAGGGGCCAUUCAACCAAAGCAGACAUCUACAGCCUGGGGGCCAUGCUCAUCCACAUGCAGACGGGCACCCCGCCCUGGGUGAAGCGCUACCCUCGCUCGGCCUAUCCCUCGUACCUGUACAUUAUCCACAAACAGGCACCUCCGCUGGAAGAUAUCUCUGAAGACUGCAGUCCUGGCAUGCGAGAGCUGAUAGAGGCAGCCCUCGAGAGAAAUCCUAACCACCGUCCCAGGGCUGCAGACCUGCUAAAGCAUGAAGCCCUGAACCCCCCCAGAGAGGAGCAGCCGCGCUGUCAGAGUCUGGACUCUGCUCUGUUUGAGCGGAAGAGGCUGCUGAGCAGGAAGGAGCUGGAACUUCCUGAGAACAUUACUGAUUCUUCCUGCACAGGAAGCACGGAGGAAUCCGAGAUGCUAAAGAGACAACGCUCUCUCUACAUAGACCUGGGUGCCCUCGCUGGCUAUUUCAACCUUGUCCGUGGUCCGCCCACCCUGGAGUACGGCUGAUGCCAUCGUUGCCUCUGAAUGAAGACUCAGCACUUAACUCGUGGAAGCGAGACCUGCUGACUUUCACAGAGGCUCUGGACGGGGGCUUGUGCCACUU